AUGAGUGAUUGUUCCCCAUUUUUAUUUGAAAACUUUAGACGUAUUUCAGAAGAUAAGCAUACAAAGGUAUGCAAUAAAUCGGAAAAAUAUAUAGAUAAUCUAAUUGAUUUAUAUUGGAAUGACAUAUGUACAGAAACCAAAUUAGAAGAAGAUACAGAUGAAAGUAAAAAUGGAAAUUUUAAUAAAUGUCAAUUAAUAGGAACAACAUAUCAUAAUAAAAACAAAGUUAAUUUAGAAAAAAAAUUUAAGGAAGAAGAUUAUAAAUUAUCACAAUUUUAUGUGGAGAAAAAUUAUAAUGACAAAAACUAUAUUAACAAUUUUGAUAAUUCCGAAUGUGGUGUAAACAAUAUUUCCUUUGAUAAUGAUAAUGAGAACCCAUAUUUUAAUGAAUAUGAUAAGAAUAAAUUUAUUAAUGAAUUUAUUGAAUAUUAUAAGAAGCUGAAAGGUGAAUAUUAUAUAACUCCUGGAAAUUUUGUACAUUUAUAUACAAACCAGAAGGGUUGUAAUUUAAUUGAAGAGAAGGACAUAAAAUUGAAAGUUAUGUCUAGAAAUAAAAAUAAAAAAAAAUAUAAAUAUUGUAUGAAUGAUGUUAGUUAUUAUAAUAGUAUUAAUAAUAAAGAUAGAAACAACCUAAAUAAUGUAAAUAAAUUAAGAAAAAGAAAAACAAAAUACGAUAAAAAUGAAAAGGUGAUGUUUCAUAAACGUUUUUCAUCAUAUAACAUGGGGAGCGCUAGGAAAGAAAAGGCUUUGAGCAAAAAAGCUAAAAAAAGGGAAAAACUGUGGAAACGAAAUAAAAAAAAGAGAGAAAAAAAAGAAUGCAUAGAAAGUUUAAAUGUGGAAAAAAUGGAAAUAAAUUUAUGUGUAACGAAAAGAUCAAAGGAAAACAUAUAUAAUAUAAUAGUAGAGAAUAACUUAAAAAAUGAAAAAUUGGAAAAGAUACAAAUGAAAGUACAUAAUGAUACAUCAUAUUUACAAAAAUUAAAAAGAGAAAAAAAAAAUGACAUGUCGACGAUUAAUAAGAUUGAAAUAAGAAAUAAAAAAAUGGAUAGGAUAUAUAAUGAUAAAAAGAAUGACAAGGAUAAGGUACAAAUUAAUGUAUCAAGCCUGCAUGUGUUAGAAAAACAAUCAAACAUAUUGAAGGAUAGUAAGGAGUUUCUAUGUAGUAUGAAUGAAAUUCCUGUUAAUAAUAGAGAGAAAUGUGAAAAAAUAAAAGAGAAAUUUCAAACACUUUUUGGGUCAUCUACUAAUAAUACAGAUUUAUAUAAGGAUCAAAUUAGUAAUAAAGAAGAUUCAAUAUUAAAAAAAAAUAAUAUUGAAAUAAUGAAUGAGUCAGGUGUGAAUAUAAUAAAAAAACAUAUUACUAAUAGAAGUUAUAGUAGUGACAACAUAAAAUGUAGUGAUGAUUAUAAAAUGAAAAAUACAAAUCAAGUAGAUAAUCAAUGGUAUGUAGAUAAUUAUUCGUCUCAAUCGUGUAAUGAAAAAAGAGAAAGAUAUAGUAAUUAUUACAAUAAUGAUAAUUAUUCGUCUCAAUCGUGUAAUGAAAAAAGAGAAAGAUAUAGUAAUUAUUACAAUAAUGAUAAUUAUUAUAAUGAUAAUUAUUAUAAUAUUGUGGAAUAUAAUAACGUGUCCCAUGAUUAUUCUUAUUAUAAUAAAGAGGAAGGGAACAUCAUACCAUAUGAUAAUAUUAUAACGGAAGAGAAUUCUAUUAUAGAUAAUAAGGAAAAUGAUGAUUUGACACAAAAUAUGGAACAAUUACAAUCAUAUAAAGAAUAUAUAAAAAAUGAAUCAAAUGAGGAUGAUAAAGAUACAAACAAAUUUACGAAUUUAUCACAUAAUUCGAUAAAGGAAGAAAUAAAAAUAAAACAAGAUAUAAAUGUGGAUAAUAUGGAAAUUCUAAAUUUCUUGGAAGAAAAUAAAAAAAACACAAAUUAUCCUUCUCAUGUAUUUGUUGAAAAAAAAAAAAAUCCUUCCAGCAAAAAUAAAGAAGUGGAUAAUCGUAUAAAAAAUAAAAAGGAUAAUAUGCAAAUAAUUAACAUAAACGACAUUCCGUCAAAUAUACCUUUAACUAUGUUAAUUUUACAACACAUGGAAGAGAAAACAAAAAACAAUAAAAAAGAGGAUAAAAAAUUUAAGGUAAAUUAUAAGGUUGAAUUAAUUGGUCCUUUAAAUAAUUGCGUAAAUUUAAAAAAAGCAAUAGAAAAAGAGAAAAGACUUUUUUCAAGAAUUGAAAAGAUAUAUGAUGUAUGCAAUAUGUAUAAAAAGGAUAAUCAGAAUAUAUGUUUCAGAAAAAAUAAAAACAUGACUGAAAAGAAUAAUAUCGUUAGUGAUGAUGACGAAAAGUAUGGAUAUCCUAUUGUUAGUAGUAGGUCUUAUAUCCCUUUUCCUAAUAUGGAUGGAAAAAAUAAUAGGAUUCACAUUAAAAAAUAUAUGAAUAAUAAGUAUUUAUUAAAUUUCAGAGAUGGUAAAAAGGAUGAUAUAUAUAAUAAUAACGGUGAAGAAGAAAAAAAAAAUGUACCACUCCCUAUCAAACCCCUGAACAUAAUAAAUGUGAAGGCAAAUGAAGAAGUAAACACAAAAAAUAAUUAUCGUAUAAACAAAUGUAUAUAUAAGAAAAAAAAUUGUGACAAUAAAAUAAAUUUAAGUGGUAUUUAUAAAGAUAAGGCACUUAAUAUGAAGGGUAUAAAAUCAUAUUUGAAAAAGAACAAUAUUAUGGUCUCAAAGGAGAAAAUGAGCAUAAAAAAGGAUAAUUUGAUAAAGUAUAAAAAUAAGAUGUAUUUUUCUCAUCUAUUAAAAAAUAAUUGUAUUAAGAAGACUUCUAUGCUUAGUUUGUGUAACAUGAAGGACAAAUCAGAUAAUGUAUGUAAAAGAAAUAACAUUGUUGUGAAAUAUAUGGUACAUAAUAAAGCACAAAUGAAUAAAAAGGAAGCUAGCGCAAGUAUUAAAAAGUAUAAUAUACAUAAGAAUAUACAUAAAAAUAUAGGAAUAAACCGAUCAACACAUGUUAGUGAUUAUAAGGUGGAUAGUAUUCAAAAUGGUUUGAGUGAUAUAAAACAUGAUAAUAAAAGGGUUAUUAUAAAAAGUGUUUUAUUUAUGGAUAAUACACAUAAGGAAGGUGGUAUGUAUACAAAACGGAGUAUUAUGUUUAAUAAUGGAAAUUUAGAAAAGAUUAAAAUUUAUAAUAAAAAAGGAAGAGAAGGGAAUUCUUUCACAUGUGAAAUAAAGAAUAAUGACUGUCAGAAUGUUAAGUAUAAUGAAAUGAAGGGAGCUAAAAAUGAUAGUUUGAAUCAAAAUGAAAUAAUCGAAAAGGAGAAAUUUGAUUUGCAACAUGAGAACCGUUCGGAACGUUUCAUAGAAGAAGAAAAACAAAUAUGUAUAGUAGAUGAUAAAAAAAAUAAUAUAAUGAAUGUUGAUGAGAAAAGAAAAAGUGAUCACCCGUCUUAUGAAAGAGUAUUAAAAAUGGAAGGAAGUAAUAAAAAUGAAGAAGGUUAUUCCAAUACAGACAAAAUACUAAAAAAUGAAAAAAAUGAAAAAAAUGUAAAUGAGAAAAAAGGUGAAAAUGAUGAAAAAAAUGAAAAUGAAAAAAAAGAAGAAAAUGAUGAAAAAAAUGUAAAUGAAAAAAAAGACGAAAAUGAUGAAAAAAAUGAAAAUGAAAAAAAAGACGAAAAUGAUAAUAACAAUAAUUCUUAUUUUUAUAAUAAUAGUGACACCUUUGAGUUGUGCACAAAUUCAUUAAUAUUUAUCAAUAAUAAAAAAAACAGUAUAUUAAUUCCUAGUGAGAAUGAAAAAGGUAUUAUAGGAUCACAAAAGGAAGAGGAACAAAAUAUAUCUCCUGUUAAGAUAAAUAAUAAAAAAAAAGAUUUAUGUAAAAAUAUAAAUGAAUCUGACUAUUCAGAUAAACAAUAUAGUGUAUUGUUAAAUAGUAUAGAAAAAAAAAUUUAUAAGAAAUGUUCUAGCAACUCAAAGAUAAGAGGAAUAGAAAAAAAGAAAAUAAAUGAAGAUUAUGUUGAUUUAAAAAAUAUAAAUUGUUCUAGAAAUACAUUAGAAUUUUUUCUAACCAAAAAAUAUUUGAAGAGUAGCGAACUUAUUAUAAAUGAACAUGAUUGUCAAAAUAUUAAUAAUGUAUAUGAAAAAAAAAAAAAAAAAGAACAAGCAAAAAAAAAAUUAAAUAGAAAAAUAAACGUGAAUAUUCCUAAUGAUAGUAUAAUAGAAGAAAAUAUGUCAUCUGAAUAUAAUUUUGUUAAAAAAAAAAAUAAUAAUUGUAUGGUUAAAUUUGAAACAAAAAGGAGUAAGUCCAUAUUGAGCUCAGAAAUAUUUGCUGUUAAAAAAAAUAAAAAACGUGCAACAAAUUUGAUGCGUUCUGAAGAACAAUUUAUUUCAUCCAUCGGACUUGUUGAAAAGGGUGAAAAUAAAAAGAGGAUAGAAGAAAAGGAUGAGGAAUAUAUAAAGGAAAAAAUAAAAAAUAAGAAAAAUGAAUUUAAAAAUAAUUUAACAGAACAAUUACUUUUUUUCAAAAGUGCAGAAAAUAUAAACACAAGUGGUAGUUUCAAUACUGAAAAAAUAAGACACGUAAAACGAACCAAACGAAAAGUUAACCUUAGUAAUAAUUUUAUUUUAAAUAAUUUUUCUAAUAUUUUAAAAAAAUUACAGAGGAUGGAAGAGGAUAAAAUAAAAAUGGAUGAACAAAAAAAAGAAAUAAAUAAAAACAAUGAGAAGGGUGAAUUUAAUGAAAAGGGUGAAGAUAUUAAAGAAAAAGGAUAUAACCUUUUAGCAACUACAACAAAAGAGACAGCAGAAAUAAAGGAAGAUUAUUUUAUAAUACAAUUAAAUAUAAUAACUGUAUUUCUGUCAGAUUCAUAUAUGAAGAGGGUUAAUAUGAAAGAUACCUAUUAUAUGAAGUUAUUUAUAUAUUCUUCGAAUGAAAUAGAAAAAAUACAAAAUAAUUAUAUUGUUGAAAAAUUCCCUUGUUACUUUAUAUCACAUGCCAAUGGUAUAGCUUUAAGUUGUGACGCCUUUAAGAAGAUGAAGGUAAUGUGCGAAAACUCAUCCACUGGAGUAUUCAAAUUGGUAAUAUCUUGUUGUAGAGAAAAGGCCAUUUUAAGAAAAGAGAUAAUAAGAAUGUACAGUCGAAUUUUUCAAGCACCCCUAAAUUUGAAGACUUAUCCUUUGAGCAGGAACAAAAAAUAUGCACACGAGGAGAGCUCCUUCAAUGAUGGACUUUACGAAAUGAGUGGUACCAUAAUCCUUGGAACAUUAUAA